CAGCUGGCAGAGACGUCGCGAUUCUAAAUUAGAUCAUGCUUUUAACCAUCGUGUACACUAUAAAAUGUCGCUGACCUCAGGUUUAGCUCACAAGGACAAACAAUUCUGCUGGUGAUGCAAUGAGAACAGAUUAUUUAGCGACCUCCUCAAACUCAUAUUCCCAUUUGUAUCUUGUCUGUGAUAGUUAAUGAACAUGGAUGUGCCAUUUCUCGUUUCACUUUUGGUAGCGAUGCAUGUUUGCGGUGUGAUGGCAAUGUCACCAUUGAUGCAGGAUAUGAACGCAGAUAUUAUGAGAGAUAUUACGAAUCUUCGCAAAAAGAUUAAGAACCACCAGAAAACAUUGUCUGACAAAGGGAAUGGAAGUGAGAGGAGUAGUAUACUCCCUGCAGCAGAGAUUGGGAUACGAGAGUUCUUCCCUUCUUCUGAAGGUAUACUCCCAGUGGAUACACAAGAAUCUGGGAAGAGGAAAUCUCAAACAUCAAUAACAAGUGCAUCAAAGACUAAUGUCAAUAUACCAGAGGUACCAAACACACUUAAAAGUCCCGGUGUUUCGGAUAAAGGUAUAUCUCCUAUUGAGAAGAAAUUGGAGAAACCAAAAACAUCAACAAAACGGAAAUUGAAAAAAUCAUCAAAAAAGAGUCCAUCAACACAAACAACAGAAACAAAGAGCAAAGAUGCUUCCCCGAUAAAAACAGCACAAGAUCCAUCGAUCAAACAAGAAACUAUCAUAGGCGGUGUAACAGACGUCACAGUUACUACAAAGUCUGCGUCAAGGUCAACAAGACGGUCACGCAGGAAGUCGUCAAGCAAGAGGAAGUCUUCCAGAAGAUCCAGAAGAAAGACCACACCAGCACCCGGAACAGCAACACAAUCAACACUAACAACCGAUAUUCCUACAGAACCAACGGUAGCAAAUGUCCAAACGACACCAACACCGAAUGUAGUGCUGGAACCUACUCCAAAACGCUCAAUACAGACUACGAUGUCCCACAUAUUAUCAGAUGGUCCAAUGGCAAUAUCAUCCAUAUUAGCCCAGUUGUACCCGCAGAUAUUGGGAUUGUUAGGUAGAGUUCGAAGUCAGAGACCAUUGAUGCACCCUAGCAUGGCAGUAUUGGUAAAUGAAGGUCGUUUUUUCAAUCCUUCUAUCCCAGGACCAAUUCUCGGUCAAGGUCAUAUAGCAAAACAGGCUGGCCCUAGUACGCAAGGAUCUUUAAAGACCUCUUCGCCAAAAUUAAAAACUGAUCGUGCUGGUAAGACUUUCGCACAGCGAAGAGCUAUGCAAAUAUACAUGCAACAGGAAUUGUGUUCCGACACGCCAUCUAGGUUUAUUAAGAGGUGUAGGACCACAAAGGAUUGUCAACAGAAGAUGGAGUGUUAUUCGGGAUACUGUUGCGCAAACAGUCAUAGACAUGCAGAAAUGCUUGAUAACAUGCCGGAAUAUAUAGAAAUACCUCGUCGACAGAGAUGGUGGAGUUUGCGCAGAAGAGUCAACCAUUAAAAACUUAUCAUGUAACAAUAUCAUUCACUAUUUAAUUCCAUAUAUAAGUAAAUAUAUUCACAUAG